AUGGAUAGCUCUAUGAAAGGCAAUGCGUUGGAUUUCGUCACAUCCAUUAAUAUUAGUCUUCAUAAAUUUCUUGUUCACGGCAAUGGAGACAUGGUUUGGACGAAAGAGAACAAAAUUUUCAAAACUGCAUUCGACGCUUGCGAAGGAGAGGGAAGAGCUGUUAUGUGUGAUUGGGGAGCAGAAAAACCUCGCCGUUCUCGCGCUCUAACGAUAUGGCUUGCGUUCAGGCUGAAUGGCUUGCAAGGGCUCCGAUAUUACGUCAAAAAC